CUUGCACAUGUCAGCUGUAACGCUCAGCUUGAUGUCAUCUGCAAAUUUGCUGAGGGUGCCCUGGUUACCACAGUGUCGUUGGUUGAGACAGUCGUUGUCUCAAUAUGGACCCCUGAGGGACACCACUUCUCGCUGAUCUCCAUUCAGCUCUUGACCAACACUUUCUGGAUACAGCUGUCCAGCCAAUUCCUUAUCCACCAAACAGGCCUUACAGAAGUCCUGACAAAUGACAGCCACAGUCCUUCCCUUUUCCACUUGUGCAGUCACUCCACUAUAGAAGUCCACUGGGUUGGUCAGGUGGGACUUGCCCUUGGUAAAGCUGUGCUUGCUGUCCUAAAUCAGCUCCCUGUUCUCCAUGUGCCUUAGCACAGCUCCUAGGAGGACGUGUUCCAGGAUCUUCCCAGGCACAAAGGUGAGGCUGACAGGCUGGUAGCUCCCAUGGUUGUCUUCUCUACCCUUUUUAAAGAUGUUUCCCCUUUUCCCAAGUCACUUGGGACUUCACCUAACUGGUAUGAACUUUCAAGUAUCAUGGAGAGUAGCUUGUCAACUGCAUCAGCCAAUUCCCUCAGGAGUCUGGCAUUCAUUUCAUCAGGUUCCAUGGACUUCUGGACAUUCAGGUUCCUUAGGUGGUCACAAGCCCAAUCUUUUACAGUGGGAAGAACUUUGCUCCCCCAGUCCCUGCCUUGAGAGGUGUGGGAAGAGAGAUUUGUCAGUGAGGCAAAACAAUAAUACCUCAGCCUUCUCCUAGUUUGUUAUUAUCAGUUUCCCAGUUGUGUUUAGCAGGGGAGUACACUUUCUUUGACCUCUCUUUUUUGGCUGAAAUACCUAGAGAAGCUUUUCUUAUUGUUCUUUCCCUUGCCAGGUCCAGCUCCAGCCUAGCCUUGGCCUUUCUGACCCUACCCCUACACAAUCAGGCAGCAUUCCUAUUGCUGUAUUUUAAUAAAAAUCUGGGACAAUAGUAGAAUACUUUAUCUUGGAACUUUUGGACCACUAGUCCAGAUAUAGCAGGUAAGCAGAUAAAGAGGUCCAGAUGUACUAGGUAAAUAGAUAAAAACUUUAUGACUAGCUUAUUCUAUUUAGAAAGGCAAUAAAACUAAACUGACAAAAGUUUCAAUCAAUUUGUGCAUUUUUCUUGUCAUACAGGGAUCAGUUAUAAGUGGGCAUUUUCAGCAUUUAUUUAGUUGCACAAAAUACUGUAAUACCUACCUCAUUAUCAUCUGAUACACAUGAAGUGGAGUUGAAAAACAAAGGAAAAUACUUAAUAGCUUGUCAAGUUCUAUCUGUUUCACCUUGCAUGCUUUUUACCACUCAUCUAUUUGAAGGCAAAAUUAAAACAACGCAAACCAAAAGUCUGCAAAAAUUACAAGCUUCCUCAGAAUGACACAAUCUAAUAGAGAUGUCCCUUCCCUGUAAUUUAAAGCAUAUUUGGGAUUUUUCUUUUGCUUUCGAGAAAAUAUUCAAAUAUUCCACAAGGAGUUUGCUUGAAAAGAAAAAAAACCCUGAAGCUUUGAAGUGUGGUGUGAAUUUUUCACAGCAAAACAGAUGUGGAAUUAUCUGGAAAAGCAGGAUCAGCACGGUUUGAAGGAAGUCUCCCUCCCGCUAGCUGCCUAGCAAAAUGCAUGAGAGGUAAGGGAGGUGUCCAUGAUUGCUUCCCCUGGGAGGAAGUGCCAGAUUGACAGAAACAUCAUCUCUGCUCUUGUGAUAGGUGGGUCACAGAGGUUUUUCUCCUAGCCUGGAGAGAUUUUGAAUGUUUUCCCAUUCAGUAUCACAAUGGAGCCAUAAUUUCUUAAAUAACAGGAAAGAAAAGACCCUCUGUUGCUCAAAGCAAGAGCACUAAGACGCUUGCCUGGGAAGUUAUGAGAGAGUUUUAACAGCGGUCUGUUUUGUUCAGCUUGUCUUGCAAUCAACGUUCAGUCUCACCACAAGCAAGUGUCCUGGUCACCAGGGCUCUGAGCUCUUCUGGAGUCUUUUGUCUUUUCCACUGCAGCAACUGUAUCAGCUAUUCCUUGCUGACAGCCUGGGCAAAAUGGAGGGGCAUUGUUGUAGUUCCAUGACUGUAGUUCCUCAGUCUUUCCUUACGGCUGUAGUUUUUAGGAGAAGCUCAGUGCUAGCUCUGGGAAAUCAUCCCCAUUGAAAUCAGCAUGUGAAUCCCCAGCAUAGCAUCUUUCAUGGGAAAAAAGUGUAAUACAGAUCAUGUUAUUUGUUUAAGUGGAACUCUGAGUGCUUUUUUAUAUGGCAGAAAAAAGAUACAGCAGUAUUCUCAUGUAUGUGUGCUGCACUGAUCUAACUGUUCCUGCUGGGUGGCAGUCUAUAUUUACUUGAGUUAUCUUAAAUAUAAAUGUGAGGGCAUAAAAGCUCUCUGACUAAAGAUCUCACAGAUGAUUACUGCAGACUCACAGUGCAGCUCUAAAAUAGAAAGCAGCAUGUGACUCUUCACUCUGGCUUCCCAGGCUCCCGCUAGCAGCAAACAGCAGAUAAAAAUAGAAGGUUGUAAGCAACCAGGAUCUUUAGUUAAAUAUAGAAGUCACUCUCCAUGACAGUAAGGAGUCCAGGACAACAAUGAAGUCUCUCCGAUUCAUUAGUGCCGAAGCAUUCGUGUCAAAUGCAGAGUUUGCCAGGAAGAGUCUCGGAGCUGUUGCCCAUGAUCUUUUUCCGCUUCUUUUUAAAGCCAGCUAUUUACUGGAGCAAGGGGAAGUGAUUCACGACUUGGUAGAGAACUGGCCACUUUUUGAUUUUAACAUGGGAAAACUUUUGGGAGCUACUCUGGACUACGAGGAAGACCUGAGCCAUAGAACAUGCUCAGUGUGCUUGGAAAGCUGUCUGACAGGGCUGAGAGACUAUGUGCUGAAUCAGUCUUCUCCCUACAUGAAAAAGUUGAAAGUGGUCGACCUGACGGGUAUAAAAGAUGUUGAAGUUCAGUAUUGUAAGUGCAAGAAGACGAUGGGCAGGUGGGCCAGGACACAGCUGCUCUGUAAGCUUUGUUCAGACCUCCUGGUUUACCUGCAACAAGCACAGUGCAAUCCAGGUACCUUUGAAGUCAGCAUCAGUGUGCUAAUUGACUUGUUUGUUACAGAGCGGAACUUUGAGCUGGUCGUUCAGGCCCUGUUGAAGAAAUGCAGUUGUCCGCUGAAAAUCUGCUGUGUGGCAUUCAGAUCUGACAACCUGACCUUGGAGAAAUUCUUCUAUAUCAUAAAGCUCACUGAUCCCUCCUUGUUGCGCAAACUGGAAAUAGUUCAUAAUGUUCACUUGGAAAUGGAACACUUGGAAAUGCUCUUCAACAAUAUCCACUUCCCUCUGUUGAUGUCCUUGACCUUGCCAGCACGAACAUUUAAUGUGCGGAGGUUCACGGCUACAGAUGAGCAGACGCUUACUAACAUAGGCGAAAAGAUGGGUGAAAUGACACAGCUUACUGAGCUGAGUAUGUCAUUUUCUAUACUCACUGGAAGAAUACAGAAACUUCUCAGCCCACUAAAAACUCCACUGAAGAUGCUGGAUGUUUCCAACUGCUCCUUGAACCAUGCUGAUAUGGCCUUUUUAGCCAAUAGCUUCCAUGCCAAUCACUUGGAAGCCCUGGACCUCAGUGGUCACGAUAUACCUGAGCUUUACCCAUCAACAUUCUUUAAGCUCCUCAGCCAUUGCUCUUCAGUGCUCAGGAGUCUUACCCUAGAGGACUGUAAUAUCCAAGACACUCAUGUCAACAUGUUGAUUUUAGGUUUAAGCCCUUGCCAGAAACUACAGGAGUUCAAGUUUAUUGGAAACCCACUGUCAUCCCAAGCACUUAGACACCUUUUCACAUUUCUCUGUGAAUUGCCAAUGCUGAAAAAUGUGGAGUUCCCAGUUCCAAAGGACUGCUACCCUAUUGGCAUCACCUACCCCAUUGAUGAUGCCAGUGUUUGCAGAUUUGAUCACCAAAAAUAUGAAAGGGUAGCAGAGGAGCUUAACCUGAUUUUACUCCAAGCAAACAGAGACGAUGUGAAGGCUUCAACACCACUCUUUGGGAGUUAUGACGCAGCUGUUCAGGAGACAAACAAUGAACUGGGAGCUUACUUGAUCAAGUCCUUCAAAGAGACUUUAGAGAAGUUCACUUCUUCAUUUAACAAAAUGAGUUAAAUUUGUAAAAUUGUAAAGUAGUGAUGAGAUGAUCUGCCAAACCAGAACUUAGUCUUUUCUAGAUCUGCACCUUCAAUCAUCAGUUGUGAAUUUUCUUUAAUUUUUCAGCUGAAUUUACUAUUUGAAUAGCCUCUAAUCACUCGAGGUACUGUAACUUAUGCUAUAUCUAUUGCAUACUCCUUAAACAAGCACUACUUGCUCACAAAAGAGGAGAGGACACUUAAUGAUGCAUUAUUUUAUACAAAUGCACUUUUUCUCAGUAAAUCAGAUAGGUGUUUAAGCUUGGCUGAUUUCUUAUACAGGUUCCCUUAGAUUUGUCAGCUAGUCUGGUAGCCCUGCAGAAAAAACAGGGAGGUCCUUUCCAAGUCCAGCAGGAUGGUCAAAAGAUUGUGCACAUAUCCUCACCUGUGGCUCCCUAAACUGAUUUUUUUUUUUCCUGCUCAUGACCUGAAUUUACCAAUCUCUGUUUUAGGUAGUAUAUUCCAAAUAAUGGAGAAUGUGUAACAGUCUCCAUAUCCCUGUGCCUCUUUCUUCCGCAGAGGCAAGUGCAAUAAACAGAAUUUGUCUGAUACACUGCCUUUGGUGAGGAGUAAAAUUCCAUACUGAGGAGGCAGCAAACCAAAUGGUUGGCUGACAGCAGGGGAUCUCAUCCCACUUACGCAGCAAUAUUAAGCAGUCUGUGGGGACUCUGCUGAUGUUCUUGCAAUGUGUAUUUUAGAAAGGCGGACCAGGACAGUGCUGCACAGCCAUGCCUCUCAUGUCAGCAGGUCAGUGCCUCAAGAUACUCCCUUCCUGGAAUUAGCUUCUUGGCUGGUAGAAUGUACCCUGCUCCUUUUAGCUGUUUUAAAGAAAGUCUGUGACUCAGUAGUACUGAAAAAAGACUAGUGUUGAAAAGACAUGCAAAAAAUUUUAUUCCAAUGUCAAUUUAAAAAAUGUGGAAAAGAGACAAGGCCGGUUGCUGAGUAACUAGAAGUUCAUCUGUGUAAAACACUACUGGCUUUCUGUCAGGACUGUGUGUUCUCUACAGACUUGCAACCAGUAUCAGGAAAAAUUGCAUUUAUUUGUCUAACUUUAGUGCAAGGAAAGUAUUAGAAUGACAGAGUAAACAGUAUUUCAGAGUCCACACACACAGCAUUGGAGCAUAGGUAAAGGGGCCAACUGGAUGUCAGGACAUUAAGGGCCACAAGACAUACAUCUGGAGAGAGUAGUAUAAUUGGGGCCUGAGUGGUAAACAAGUGCUACUCAGCUUCUCACCUGUAAAACUAGAGACUUGGUUAGCUCUAGGUAAUUAAAAAUAAAUAGAAUAAUAUUUAAAAAAUAUAUAUAAUAAAUAUACUUUAAUAGUUCAUGAAAACUUGUUCAAACAGGACUGAAAGUGAAUGUUUGUAGCAGGAGCUGAAAUGUCACUGUAGUAUUGAGGAUCAUCAUUAAGAUAACCAGGACAGUUUACUUGAAAUAAUACUGAGCCUCAUCAUCUGAGGGUAAGGAAAAAACUUUCUUUAUUUAGGCAGUGCUGAUUUGUUAAGCUUUCUGUUUAUCCACAGCAGGAAUAUGCAAGCAACUCUUAACCUAAUUUAUUUAAAAAAAACCCAAAACAAACAAAAAAUUAAUGGACCGAGUACUAAGCAGAACUUACAUGUUCCACAACAUGCAUUUAAAUUAUUUUUUUGAUGUCAGCUCACAUUCUAAUAUGUUUUAUUGAUUAAACAAAUGAUGAUAAAAUUGAAAGUGAAUGGUCAUGACCUGUUUAUGUUUACAGAGCCCUUGAAAAAUAAAAAGGUAAUCUAAGUUGCUAAGCUUAGGAGUUGUGAAUAGUAAAUGAAAGAAUUGGGUCCCAUAUGACCUUGCUUAUACUUUGACAGAAUUCCACAUGCUCCUUUAUCCUUGCCUCUACUGUACCUUUUCUUCCCUCCAACCUCACCAUUCUUUCCCUUUCAGACUUCACCCAUGACUUGUCAGUCAGAUUUAAGUUACUUGAAUUUUCCUAUGCCAAAUGUCUACCUCUUUGGGAUGAGUAGUGGUGCUUUUGCUGGGAAAGGACACUGUACUAUAGCUGUAAAGUGCUAUAGUACACUCUUCCCCCCUCCAAUCUAACAGGUUGUACCUGGAGGUGAAGGCUGGCCGUUUUGGAACAUGCUGUGGUAUGACAGUCAGUCCUUGCCUUUUUCGCUACACACAAAAUAGACAGCUCUUAUUUCAGAGUAAUUAGAUGCCUUAUAAAGUCUGCUGCCUCUGUAGCUUUCUUUCUGGUUUCUUCUUGCCAUGGUUCACCCCUUUACUUUAUUUCCUUCUUUUUUCUGAGCCCCGCAAACUCCUGCCUUUCUUCCAUUUUCAGUCUCAUGUCUAUAUCCCGGGCCAGCAGAAGUAUGUAGCUUUUGUUUUGGUGCAAAGUGACAAUCAUCACUAUUAGCUCUCAGAUAUCCCACCUUUUUCCCUUUAGUUUCUUUCUUAAUUAUGUUGAUUUUAGGUUUAAGCCCUUGUUAUUAUUGGUUUUAAAUACAGAUCAAGCUUUAGCAUUUUGGUGUUUGCCUGAUUUACUGCAACAAGGAUUUCUGUCCUCUCUCAGAAGGGUUCCUUUACAUCUUCUGCCCCAGCAGUGUGAUUUUGGUUUGGACCUGCUCUUUCUUCCUUCUUCCAUGUGUGUGGGACUUGGAAUGCAGCUAUUAGAGAAGAAGGAUUAAUGCUACGAUGACCUAACCAUAUAAAGUUACCUUAUACUUUGCAAGUACAGACAGAUACUGAUUGGUGCUCCCUUUUCUUCCUUAUGAGACUGUUGUCAGCUUCACUGGGUUCAGACUGGAGUGAAUCCAAGUUCAUUUGUACUGUGUCUCCAGAAACCUGUCUAAAACCUUAACUACAUACCACCUUGAGGGGAGACAGUCUUCUAAGCUCCAGUUAAGGCUGCCCAGACAGAGACAGGACAGGAGUUACCACAACACUGAAACCACACAGCUGUCAAUGGAGUGAAGAUGUCCAAUGUGUUGUGAAUGGAGUUGAAUUCAAUUCCCUCCUACCACAUCUGCUCAUGAUGUUCCUUUAAGUGUCUGAAGAAGAACACUCAAAGCUGCUUGAGGUUUAUUUGUGAAACACACAGAAGAGAUGCAUGUAUGAAAAAAACCCUGAAAAACAAAACCAGGAUAAAAUCAAAAUCAUUCUCAGCAUAUUCAAACAAAUGUUCUUAACACAAAAUGCAAUAAUGAGUACCACAGAGAAGCUAAAGGCUAAAUUUUUAGUACCAAUAUAAAGAAAGAGACUGCUAAAUUUUUAUUUUAUUCACCAUGCUUUAUUCAGUACCAUGUUUUAUUUACCAUAUUGUACUUUUUUAUUCAUUAGCAUAUUUUAAUUUCAUUUGCUUGGACAUGUUUUGUUCAGCAGCAGUUGCUUGCAAAUCUUUCUCUUUUGCAGGGUAAGAAUUGCCAGAAGAGCUUUCUGCUGCUGAAAUUGCUAAACUCCUCUGUUCAGUAAUGUACUGAAUUCGGUGAAAUACCUAGUACAUAGGAAAUAAAUAUUCUCCUUUGACAAACUUCUUGAAACUGAAGAACGGGCAAAAAAUCUUUAUAAAUGACCUUUGUUACAUCUGAUCUUUUCAUAAUUUAAGUCAUAUUAUGUUUCGGCCACACAUAGAGCAAUUGAAAAAAGCAACAGGAAGAAAGAUGACAGUAAGAUUUUUACUGUGGAAGAAGCAGCACAGCAGCUCUAUACUUGGAGACAGCUAUCUCAACAACAUAAAAGCCUAUCAAUAGAAAAAGGCAAAUAAACACUACUGUUGCAGGAAAGUUGUCAUACAUGAAACUGAAACAAGCUCCCCAAUAUAAUCCUGCACCUUUUAAAUUAAUAUUCUUAAACUCAAAAGUUAUGGGCUAUGGGUCAAUUCUUCUGAAUGCAUAUGACCUUUGCUUACAAAGCUCCUCUUUCUGUCCUUAAAAUAUGCAUCUGUCAACAACAGAGCAGGACUGUAUGAACCACCUUGCAAAGAAAUAAGGGAAGGAACAUUAUACCUAAUGCUCUCCACAAACUGCCUUCAAGUAAAAGUACCCUGUGUGAAAAUUAUUGUGUCUAGGAUAAUAAUUUAUGAUGUAAAUGUAACACCUGUUUCAAUGAAUGUGUGGCCAGAGAUUCAAAGCUGCCUCUGGUUAAUCCUAAAAGCAGCAAGUGUAAUCGCUAUUUUGUAGGGAUUUUUUAACUAGUCUUAUACCUAGACAAAGAAGCUUUACUUUUGAAGAAAACACGUUGACUGUGACUGAUGAUUGCAUUACUUUUAAAUGUCUUUAAAUAGCAUCCAGCAUGACCUUCACUAUCAUUCUUUCAGGUACUAAGGUUAAAGAUUGUUUGCUGUCUAAGGUAUAGCUGCAUUAAAAUUGCUUAAUUUUACCCAAGAAAUUUUUACAAAAUAGUCCUAAAGAUAGUUUUAAUCUCAAGUAGAAUGUGCAGACUUUAUGCAGCAUAGGAUCACAGGAUUUUAAUGGGAACAGGACUUGUCUGUCCAGAAAAAAGAAAAAUUAUUUCUCUCUCUGGAAGAUGAUCAACUCUCCACCUUGUUCUCAACUUUAAAAUAUUUUAAAUUCCAUAACUGAGAAUAUUCAAACAUCUAAAACACAUAUCUGUUCUGAGAAUUCAUAAUGAAGAUGGAGGUAAUUUUUUUUUUCCUUCUCAAUCUUUCAGUCAGAAGUGAUUUUUUUUUCUUAUUGCUUCUGCUGUGAACUGUGGGAAAUCAUGUACUGAGCUGUUGCUUUUUCCUUUUCCAUGCUUUUCUUCACUGGGCUGAAGGUUUCUCUUAGCCUCAGAUCCACCAUACAACAUUGGUUUUACUUGUUAGAGUUUUAUUUGUUUGCUGUAGAAGGUUUCACAAACUGAAAGACAACCUUGGCUGCGCUUAUCAUUAUUUUACUUUUUAUUUUGAGCACCAGCUAACAUGCUCCUAAUGAAGAAGGACUAUAAGCUUUAUUAAUGCGUAAUAAAACCCGGAUUUCUUUUUGUUUGUUUGUGUCUUUUUGUUUUCUGCAGUGGUUUGAUAUUUUGGCUCUCUUGCCCAUUGCAAGCUUGGAAUGGAAGCAAGCUCUGCAAUUCCCUUGGCUCCAUUUCCCCAGAGGUUCUUCCUUGAGCAAAAGAGGAAGGACUUGGAAGGACUCCCAACUUGCUGCACAGUUUACUGCUGCUGCUUCCCAGCUCUCCCUGUGUCCAAUACAAGUGCAGGGCAAGCACUAGAGUGCUUUUCAUGCAUCACUGGCCAAGAUACCCAGUGGCAGAGCACAUUUUGGAAUGCAAAAUGUGUGCUUGUCAUUGAUGCAUGACCUACUUUGGAAAAUGCCUCAUGGCACCAUACACUUCUUUUGUGUGUGGUUGGUAUCAAUCCUCAUUCAUUCUUUUAAGUUCUCAUUCUCUUUCAUAAACCAACAUAAGGUUCUGUUUCCACUCGGAAUACUUUGUGUAUUUCAAAGUGAUUUUGGAGCUGUUUUCUGCAGGAGUUUGAUAUUUUGGUAUGGUGUGUAUGGGGGCAGCUGUUCACCAGUGCAACUUGUACAUUGAAGCACAUUGAUGUGGCCUCAUCACAGUGUGACUGCUGCCUGAAGUUCUUUAAAUAUUUAAGUCCAGUGCAUUCUACUGAGUUUUUAAAGGAAUAUGCAGUGAGGCUUGGCUACUUCCUCUAUUGGGAUAUUGUGCUCUAAGAUAAUUCAAGAUUGGGUUCAUAAUGCCUGAUUCCUGGGUAUCAGAAGAGAACAAGCUCAAAACCUAGCUCCUCAACAAGGGGGAAACAAAAAUUAACGUGUUGAAAGUGUGACCUUACAUUGUAAGUAUGUCCUUACAUUAUUUACUUUUUUUUUUUUAUUUUUAUGUUUGCAUAGUAGAGAGAAAGCUGAAAGCUUAUAUAUUCAUGAGGUUUUAGCAUUGUAGUUCAGGAAGAUGAUGGACAUUUAUUCCAAGCCACUAAGUUAAAUGAGUCGGAUGAUUUUAAGUCGGUGGUGUUAAUGGUCUUACCUGGAAGCACUACCAUGUAGAAUAUAAUACAGCAGAGGCUCCUCAACCACAUGCUUUGAUCUGAUUUUAUUACACUACAACUUACCUUGAUGCUAUUUAUGUUCAGAAAUACUAAUUUAAUGGAAAAAUUUAAAUAUAUAUAUUUCAGUUACCUUUCAGUUACCUUUAUAAUACUUUGAAAAUUACAUAUUCUUUCCAGAUUCUUUAAGUGUUGAGGUUUUCUUUAUCUUUGUAUUUCAGUUGCCAUCAAAUUGGUUUCAGUUGAGCCUGAGAUUCAGUCCAAUGGAGCUCCCAAUAUAAAGGCACAUGUACUGGUCCUUGAGCCUGAUUUUGUGAACACAAUCCAGGCGAUUGCUGGAAUGGCAGUUCAGGCUGCUGCCACGGGGUGUCUCUCCCUGAUACAGCAUGGCAUCCUUUCAGCUGUGACCCACAUCCCCUCCCCGCCGAUAAUUACUUUCUCUUAUCUGGUAUUACCGAAAAUGUCUGUUGUGGUUUAACCCCAGCCAGCAAGAGCCAUGUAGCUGCUACCUCGCUACCCUCACCCCAGUGGAAAGAGAAUUGGAAAGAAGAGGCAAAGAUCCUGGGUUGAGAUGAGAACAGUUUAAUAGCUCAAACAAAAUAAAAUAUACUACUGCUUCUAC